AUGUCCCACCCUCCGUGGGCUCUACAAGUCCCAUCCCUCCCAAGAUCAGGCUCACAUGUCCCACCCUCUGUGGGCUCAAUAGUCCACCCUCCGUGGGCUCUCAAUGUCCCACCCUCCCGUGGGCACCUUGCGCCUACAUGUCCCACCCUCCGUGGGCUCUACAUGUCCCACCCUCCGGUGGGCUCUACAAUGUCCACCCUCCGUGGGCUCUACAAUGUCCUACCCUCCGUGGGCACCUUGCUCUACAUGUCCCACCCUCUGUGGGCUCACAUGUCCCCCCUCCGUGGCUCAACAUGUCCCACCAAGCUGUUUCCUUAUGCUCUGAUUAAAUAUGACACAGAGAGAGAUGAACCAAUCAGAGACUCUACCGGACUGUGUGUAGAAGCUCCUAAAGAUGAAACAGGACUGUUGGUGUGCCAGAUCACGGGCAUCGCUCCUUUUGUUGGAUACGCUAACAGCCAGCAGACAGAGAAGAAGAGACUGAGAGACGUGUUUCAGAAAGGAGAUCUGUACUUUAACAGUGGAGACCUGCUGAAGAUAGGCCAGGACAACUUUAUUUACUUUCAGGAUCGAGUCGGAGAUACAUUCAGGUGGAAAGGAGAGAAUGUGGCCACAACUGAAGUAGCUGACAUCCUCACCCUGAUAGACUUUGUCCAAGAGGCAAAUGUCUACGGUGUUCAAGUACCAGGCAACGAGGGGAGGAUAGGAAUGGCUGCCGUCACGGUGAAGGGGGGAGAACAGUUUGAUGGCAACAAAACGUUCAGCCAUGUAGCCAGCUACCUACCGGCGUAUGCACGGCCACGCUUCAUACGCAUCCAGAAUGCGGUGGAGAUGACGGGGACCUUCAAGCAGAUGAAGGUGAGGUUAGUGGAGGAAGGUUUCGACCCGGCAGGCAUCACAGACCCUCUGUACAUCCUACAGGAGAGAAAUCAGAGUUACACACCAAUGACAGGCCAGAUCUACGGCUCUAUAGUGGCAGGCAGCAUCAAGCUGUGAACAGAUCUGUGGUGAUACUACUCCUGGGUCCUAUUCAUUAGGGCAUGCAAUUGAAAACGUUUCAAAAAUGUUUUGCAACGGAAAACAAAAAUGAGCAUUACUUAGUCCCUCCCUGUUUUAGUCCACGCCAGCCCUCAUUCUUUUCCUGCGGCAUCGUCUGAGACCGGCCACCCGGACAGCUAAUGAAACUUAGGAGUAUUUCUGUCAGUAAUAAAGCUCUUUUGUGUGGAAAAUCUAAUUCUGAUUGGCUGGGCCUGUGUUAAAGUGAUUUAAAUGUUGACCGAUAAUGAUUAAAUAAUUCCACUCUGAAACCUUAUAACUGUAUGAAAUUGAUUAGAAUCAUACAAUUAUUAUCUGAUGGUUUUGUGUAGUUUUAGUCAGUAAAAUUAUAAAUCUGUGAGUGUAGUUUUAGUCAGAAUUAGGGUUAAACAAUAUAUCUGUACAAUGUGUCUUUAUAGUAUCUUAAACACAGACUCUCUGAGCAAAAUGCAGUGCCGACCUGGGAGAGGACAGGGAGUACUUCUCAAGGUCUCCCUAAUCUUUGUCGGCUGGGUAAUGAUACAGUAUGUGUGUAGGAUACCUACUGUUUGUGUGUGGAAGUAUGUGUGUAGGAUACCUACUGUUUGUGUGUGGAAGUAUGUGCGUAGGAUACCUACUGUUUGUGUGUGGAAGUAUGUGCGUAGGAUUCCUACUGUUUGUGUGUGGAAGUAUGUGCGUAGGAUACCAACUGUUUGUAUGUGAAUGUAAGUGCAUAAGGAGCCAGUAUAAAAUGAAUGGUUUUGUACAACGGACCAGCGCUCUCAUGAAUAAACAUUUUGACUAUCAUA